ACCAGAACCACACGUCGCAACAGCACCUUCACUCCCACCACUGCGGAAGAAAAGGAGGGAAUUCCCAAGAUGGCAGAUCAUAUAUCGGACGCGCCCUCCCCAGCGACCAAAGCAUAUAACUACCCCUUUGCCGCCGCCCCUGAUAUCAUCCGCGCGCAUCAGAAAGACGCCUACUUCGAAGGCAUUCUCCUAAACCACCUCUCCGCCUUCCUGCGGCGCUUAUACGGUGCUCGGUUUAUUCACACCUAUACCAGUGAAGCGCGGACCUUCUCAGAACUUCUAUAUCUGGGCCUCACGACGUUCAUUGGGAAUCGGACCCUGGGAGAAGAGUACUGCGACAUUAUACAGAUCGAGGACGACACGCUCCAGCUGCCAGCGAUCGGGAGAAGGGCUGGUUAUAUCAUCACGGCUAUUCUGCUGCCGUAUGCGCUGAACAAGAUACUGCCAUCAUUCAGGGCGCGAAUACGAACGAAACUGGAAAGCAAUCUUCGGCGUUUGACGAGGAGUAAACAGCAUAACUCUUGGAAAUAUAGGUUCCAGAGCUAUCUCCUGGAGCACCUCUCUACCAUAACCUCACCAUCGCCCAUCCACGCCCUCACCCUUACAAUCUUCUACUUCACGGGCUCCUACUAUCAGCUCUCGAAACGGAUCUUUGGGCUCCGGUAUAUUUUCACCAAGAGGGUUGAACAGAGUGAGGCGCGUGUUGGUUAUGAGGUCUUAGGUGUACUUCUGGUGCUGCAAAUGAGUGUGCAAGGGUGGCUGCAUCUACGUUCCACGCUGGCGAAUCGGAACGAGGUCAUGGGAGGGGCGGCGGUAUUAGGUGGCGGCGUCGAGGUCUCUCUUGACCCCAAUUCCUACAGUUCCAAUCAAGAACUCCUUCUCGAAACGCCUGUCGCGCGCUCGAAUGAGGAGGUCAGCAAAAGGACGCAUACCGAGGUUUUGGCGGGCCCCAGAUUCGACUUGAGAGAUAACGAGGAGACGAUAGGGUACAUCAAAGGGCAGAAUAGGAAAUGCACGCUGUGUCUCGAGGGAUUGAAGGAUCCGAGUGUGACGCAGUGCGGGCAUAUCUUUUGUUGGGAGUGUAUAGGUGAUUGGGUCAGGGAGAAGCCAGAGUGCCCGCUGUGCAGGAGAGAGGCGAUGGUCCAGCAUAUUUUACCUUUGAGGGUUUGAUGAGAUGAGAAUCUUGGCUGGGAAAAAGAUGGAUAGUUGGAUAGCAUAAGGUCUAUCACAUGUUAUCAUGUGAAUGGAGGGAUAGCUUUAUAUUUAGAAGCUGCUCCCUUGGCAAUGGUUUGUGUGAUACCAUACGAUAUCUAUAUACAGAGGUACGGGAAUUCAGUACGCAUUUGGACUUGCAUGACAAGUCCAAGUCCAAACGUCAGAAGCUGAACAUAGAGC